UUAAAACUCUUAGCUUUUGUAAAUUGUAGAAAGCCAACUCAGGGAUUCAACAUGCUCAACAUGCAUUAUCUGCGGUAUCUGCCAAUUUUCGUUCUAUUUGUGUGUGGGAUGCUGCAGUUAUGUGGUGCAGACAGGGGCUCAAAGUUUUCCCAAGGACCUGAUAUCAGGAGUUCUUGGAAGGGUCAAAUGUGUAUUCUCCGUGAAGAUCAUGCAGAAGCUGGAGAGUUCACUUAUGACCAUGUUGAUGAGAGUGGAAAUUCCUGCAAAUGCGACCUGUGUCCUCGCGGCAAGAUUCUCCAUCGGGCUUGCGUGUGUGAUCCAAACUCAUCAGGGUACUUAGAACCCUCAGAUUGCAGACUUGUGAAUGUAGGUGAACAAAUGAUGCCUGACAGAAACAACUGCACCAAGGGCUUUGACUGCCGGAAAUGUAAUCAUCCCUGGGUAGUGGAAGUACAGUGUGGGUUACAUGGAACUGACACAGUAUGUAAAUGUGGAGACGGCUAUUACAGGGCAUCGGAAGAACAGUGUAAACCCGACCCUCACUGUGAUAAGGGUUUUGAGCGUAUUAUUACUGAAGAUGUGUUGAAUGGAACAUACGUCACAGGAAAUGCCACAGGACCAACAGUGCAUCCUACAGAUCAAUGGCAUCUAUUCUUCUGGAGUUCCGUGGUGAUUGGCAUUUUUAUAGUUGGAGUUGUCACAGGAGUUGUCAGUACACUUGUGUGUUCCAAGUACAUAUAUGCUUACCUGUUGAAUAACUUCCCCUGGUUUAGAGAACAUUUUGGUACUGAAAACCAACGUGGUGAUGACAAUGCCGGUGAAGCGCCUCAACAUGUACGCAUUAAUAUGGAUAACAUAAAUGAAGAUAAUGAGAAUGCAGUACUUGUGGAUAUAGGCCAACAUGGCAAUAAGGCAGUUGACCAAUGCAGCAGGGAUGGCAGCCCUGACAUGCUCCAGAUGAACCCGGAUGACCACAGUGCUCCGAAAGCAAAACAAGAACAAGGCCCAAAAAGGCAGAGAAACCCAAGUAGUAGCAGUAAGAACUCAGGGUCUUCAGAGGAUCUGGUGUCUCUAAUUUAUUUAAAUUAAUAUCCUAGA